ACGUGCCCGCUCUCGCUAUCCACCAUGCCGAACAUCGUGCUGUUCAGCGGCAGCUCCCACCACGACCUGUCCCAGCGGGUGGCGGACCGGCUCGGGCUGGAGCUGGGCAAGGUGGUCACCAAGAAGUUCAGCAACCAGGAGACCAGUGUAGAGAUUGGUGAAAGUGUGAGAGGAGAAGAUGUGUAUAUCAUCCAGAGCGGCUGUGGAGAAAUAAAUGACAACUUAAUGGAACUGCUUAUCAUGAUCAAUGCUUGCAAGAUUGCAUCAUCCUCCAGAGUGACUGCUGUAAUUCCAUGUUUUCCAUAUGCCAGGCAAGAUAAGAAAGAUAAGAAGGGGUCCUUGGAGCGUUGGAGUCGUGCUCCAAUCUCUGCAAAACUUGUUGCUAACAUGCUGUCAGUUGCAGGGGCUGAUCACAUCAUCACCAUGGACUUGCAUGCUUCUCAGAUCCAGGGUUUCUUUGACAUUCCAGUAGAUAACCUGUAUGCAGAACCUGCAGUGCUGCAAUGGAUUAAAGAGAACAUUUUGGAAUGGAGAGAUUGUAUCAUAGUUUCACCUGAUGCAGGUGGUGCAAAAAGGGUUACUUCAAUUGCUGACAGACUGAAUGUGGAAUUUGCUCUCAUUCAUAAGGAAAGAAAAAAGGCAAAUGAAGUGGACAGAAUGGUCUUGGUUGGUGAUGUGAAAGAUCGAGUAGCAAUUCUUGUUGAUGAUAUGGCUGACACAUGUGGCACAAUAUGCCAUGCAGCAGACAAGUUGGUAUCUGCUGGAGCUACUAAAGUUUAUGCCAUUCUUACACAUGGCAUCUUUUCUGGUCCUGCUAUUUCUCGGAUUAAUAAUGCAUCAUUUGAGGCUGUUGUUGUAACUAACACAAUCCCCCAAGAAGAUAAAAUGAAACACUGCCCAAAAAUUCAGUUUAUUGACAUUUCCAUGAUCCUGGCUGAGGCAAUUCGAAGAACACAUAAUGGUGAAUCUGUGUCUUAUCUAUUCAGUCACGUCCCCUUGUAACUGUAGGAGGUUACAUUGCAUUGUUGCAAAGGU